AUGACCAUGGGGUACACCACAGUUUGGAGGCGACUAUCCCCCCGCCAGCUCAAUAUUGCGAUUCACAUCUUCUCUCUGAUAUGCAUAUUCUUCGAAGGAUAUGAUCAAGGUGUCAUGGGGGGUGUUAAUAGCUCACCAACAUAUGUUACAGAGGUAGGAAUUGGCGAUCCUGAUGGGACAGUAACCGACACUACCCAUCAGGGAGGAAUUGUUAGCAUCUAUUAUCUUGGAUGCAUCUUUGGCUGCUUUGCAGGUGGCUGGCUUGCUGACCGUAUCGGCCGUGUCAAUGGCCUACUAAUCGGCUCUAUAUUUGCACUCGUCGGUGGUGCGCUGCAAGCUGCAAUCCAGAGUUCAGAUUUCAUGCUCGUUGCUAGAGUAGUGACGGGCAUUGGUACGGGUGCAUUGACUGGAAUUGCACCAGUACUGGUGUCAGAGACUUCGACAGCUGAUCAUCGGGGAGGCUUUCUAGGAUAUGUCUUCAUUGCAAACUAUCUAGGAAUCUCUCUCGCGUACUGGAUGUCAUUUGGCCUUGCCUUUAUUAAUAAUGGCUACUCUGAUAUUCGCUGGCGCUUUCUAUUGGCGUUCCACCCGCGAUUUCUUGCAUCCAUCGGUCGUUAUGAUGACUGUCGAGAAAUACUAACAAAAAUUCGGUGCCAUAAGGCCACUCAAUUGGAAAUUGACCUCGAAUAUAAGGAUAUUAUUGCAACUGUCCAGGAUGGCCAACCCAGUUCGCCCAUCCAAUUUGCAAAGAUUUUAAUUGGCAAAGGCGGAAGACCCGGCGCCAAUCUAGGUCGACGAGCCUGGCUUUGUGUGUGGCUGCAGAUUAUGGCGUCCUGGACGGGGAUUACAGCUGUCACAGCAUAUUCCCCAGUUCUUCUUAGCCAAGCCGGCUAUAGUGAGCUGACUCAGAAUGGCCUUGCAGGAGGAUUAAACACCAUCGGUAUUAUCGGCACUGUAAUCAGUACGCAGAUUGUAGAUCGUAUUGUCGAGCUUGUGGCAGGAGCUAUUUACGAAGUUUCCCUUCGCCAGCCAGAGAAAGCCGACAAAUUUGCCCCCGCUGCUGUUGCAAUGCUCUUCCUGUUUAACUUGGGCUAUGCUGCGACAUGGGGUACAGUUGCAUUCCUGAUACCUACUGAAAUAUUUCCGUCGGACCUCCGGGCACAAGGAAAUGGUUUUGGUAUCACCGGAUGGGCUAUUGGUGUGGGAAUGACGACGCUGGUGAACCCUAUUAUGUUUGGAAGUAUUAAAAGCCGAAGCUACUUUCUUCUAGCUGCUUUGAACCUUCUGUGGAUUCCUAUUGUCUAUUUGUUCUAUCCGGAGACACGGAAUCGGUCUUUGGAAUCCAUUAACAAUUUAUUUUCAACCUCAAGGCCGUUCUAUUGGGACAUGGAGAAGGCUUACCGUCUGUGCACGGAGAAAGAGGCAAAGGAUGUUGGCAACGAGGAGGUUAUCAAGAGCGCGGACCCCCAUGGAACGCAUCAAGAGUUUCAUGAAGAAGUCCCGGCGGGCAUGUAA